CGUGAGCACCGACUGUCGACUGUUUACCGACAGAAAAUAAAAUAUAGUGAAGCAGUCCCACCCAGACUUAACAUUAACGGCUUCUGCAGAACAGAGCACACUGUGUGCUUUAAAAAAAACGAAUGCAGAGAAAAGAGGAAGCGGUACUACAAUCCACAAAUGUGAGCAACGGGAAAACAACAUGGCUUGAAAUGCUGCAGGUCUUGAGCCAUGUCCGUGCACGCUGCCCUCCUGAACCGUCGUGUGGCUGGAGGCUUCCACCGGCUGUGGUGCGGCAUUCCCAAACUGCUGGUCCACAUCCGAACUGCAAGUGAAACUGAGGCGGGCACGAGGAGAUCUGAUGAAGAGCAUCUCUGGGAGGCGGCAAACUACCCGCCAUUUUCCGGAGCCAGGAUCGGAUCUUUCUUUCAGGAAAGGCCUGUGCUGAAGAACCCAUUUCUAGAGGAUGCCUUGCUCAGGGGAUACCUGAGGAGACACCUGCCCCAGGAGGCAGCUCGCUCAGACUUGUGUGCAUUUGGAGAGCGCGUGGCGAAUGAGGUGGACAGGUGGGGCAGAGAGUGUGAGCUCACCCCACCACAGUUGAUACACUUUGACCCCUGGGGUAACAGGGUGGACCACAUCGUGACCUCCCCAGCUUGGAAACGCAUGAAAGACCUGUCGGCACAGGAAGGACUGGUUGCCAUUGGCUAUGAGAGGCCAUUUGGGGAGUGGAGUCGUGUGUACCAAAUGAGCAAGCUGUACAUCUUCUCUCCCUCCUCUGGUCUCUUCACCUGUCCUCUGGCCAUGACAGACGGAGCUGCUAAAGUACUGCAGUCCAUAGGUGUUUCAUGGCCAGUAGAUGAAGCCUACAGUCGUUUGACCACUCGUCGGCCUGAAUGGUUCUGGACAUCUGGACAGUGGAUGACAGAGAGACAGGGAGGAUCUGAUGUAGCCAGCGGAACAGAGACGGUGGCUGUUCCCCAAUCAGAUGGCUCGUACAAACUUCACGGUUUCAAGUGGUUCACCUCUGCUACAGACGCAGACAUGACUCUCACGCUGGCCAGAGUGCAGGACAGAACGGGCGCCACCACACCAGGCAGCAGGGGUCUGUCUCUGUUCUACGCUGAGGUGAGCCGAGACGAGGGCGGCCGGCUGAGGGGUAUUGAGGUUCAGAGACUGAAGGACAAGCUGGGCACGCGACAAAUGCCGACCGCUGAGUUACUGCUGGACGGCCUGCCCGCACACAGGCUUUCAGAUGAAGGCAGAGGUGUGGCCUCCAUAGCCAACAUGCUCACCAUAACCAGGAUCCACAACAGCAUCUCUGCUGCAGCUGCGAUGAGAAGGGUCGUCCAGUUAGCUCGUGACUACGCUUCUCGCCGCACUGCCUUUGGAAAGCUUCUCAAAGACCACCCGCUGCACAUGCAGACUCUCGCUAGGAUGGAGGUGCAGACUCGUGGGGCGUUCCUCCUGGUGAUGGACGUGUGUCGUCUCUUGGGCCGAGAGGAAAGUGGCAUGGCAACCCAGUUUGACAGAUACCUCCUACGUCUGCUCACUCCUGUGGUCAAACUGUAUACUGGGAAGCAGGCGGUGGCUGUGGUGUCUGAGGGUUUGGAAAGCUUCGGCGGGCAGGGCUACAUUGAGGACACUGGGUUGCCAGGACUGCUUCGUGAUGCACAGGUUUUGAGUAUUUGGGAAGGUACAACAAAUGUCCUGUCUCUGGAUGUGCUGCGCUGUGUGGCCCGUAGCUCAGGAAUGGUUCUCCACGCCUUCUUCACCCAUGCUAAGUCGCUGCUCGCAGGUGCAUCAAGCGUUUCCUCUCUGGGCCCCGCGGUGACUGCAGUGGACCGUGCGCUCUCUGAACUGGAGACGUUUGUUCAAGUCGCAGCUAAGAGAGAAGCAAGCUAUCUGGAACUGGCAGCCAGAGACCUGGCCUACAGCCUGGCUUGCAUCUACACUGGUGCCCUUCUCAUCGACCAUGCUUGUUGGAAAGGAGCCUCUCAAUCUGACGCCUAUGCAGCUCUCAGAUGGUGUGAACAGGAUUUAUGUCCCGUGGUAAGUAAACAGGCAAGAGGCUGCUAUGAUCCCAGCGCUCCUCCACUUGAUUCUGCGCUGGUGUGCGACCGGCCCACACAAGGCUGAACGCUCAAAGGAAACAAAGAAAUCUUUUCAUUCACCUGCCAUUUCUGUGCCUCACUUUAAUUCUGUUGCAGAAUUUCAUCACUGUAUCCGACAGUGUUUCUUGACUGAGACUAUUCUUUUAUGAGAAAUAAAAAUUUCCUAAGAAAUAAUUAAUUCCUGCUACAGAAAAGUGUGUUAAUGUUAAACAUUUAUAUUCUUUGGUAUUUGUGAUAUUUACUUAUGUAUAUAAUGUUUUUGCAUUUCUGUCUGCAAAUACAGCAACAAUAAUGUUUUGGUCCCUUGGUUUCAUCUUUGAUCCACUGUUGUGUUGUUUAUAUUUCCAGCUAAGAGACAUUGCUUAACUCAAACCCUUCCUCUCUUACAAUGAUCUAAAGAUAGACUCAAAUGCCCAAAAUCUCCUCACAGCUGGAUUACUGCAAUGCUUUCUGUUUUGGCAUUAGCCAGUUGUCCCUAUCACGUUUGUAACACAGAGACACAGAUCUCACCUGUAUUUACAUGACUGUAUUGGCGUUUGCUGCAGCGCCCAAAACUUAACUCAGGUUGUUUUGAAUGUGCUUUAUGAAUAAACCUGACUUGAGAUA